AUGUUUUCUGGCAAACAGAAGCUUUCAUGUUCGUUCAGAAUUGAAGAAAAUGUGGUGAGUAAAGAGGAGGAACAUCAUAUCAAAGUUGAAGAAAAAAAUCAUUUACAGACUUACGGUAUUUUAAAAACGAGAGACAAGAGUCAUUUCACCUGCAGUCACUGUGGAAAGAGUUGUAGAGGAAAAGGCAAUCUUAAGAUUCACAUGAGGAUCCACACUGGAGAGAAACCAUUGACAUGCACUCAGUGUGGGAAGAUUUUCAGACAUAAAUCAACCCUUAUUAAACACAAGAAAAUCCACACUGGAGAGAAACCAUUCACAUGCACUCAGUGUGGAAAAUGUUUCAGCCAGUCAUCACAAUUUAAUCAACACAAGAGAAUCCACACCGGAGAGAAACCAUUUACAUGCACUCAGUGUGGGACAAGGUUCAGUCGAUCUUCAAACCUUAAACUACACAUGAAGAUCCACACUGGAGAGAAACCAUUCACCUGCACUCAGUGUGGGAAGAGUUUCAGACAAUUAUCAAGACUUAAUAAACACAAGAAAGUUCACACUGGAGAGAAACCAUUCACUUGCACUGAGUGUGGGAAGAGUUUCAUCUUCUCAUCAAGUCUUAAUAAACACAAGAAAAUCCAUACUGGAGAAAAACCAUUCACUUGCACCCAGUGUGGGAAGAGUUUCAGCGUCUCAUCAAACCUUAAUAGACACAUGAAGAUCCACACUGGAGAGAAACCAUUCACAUGUUCUCAGUGUGGGAGGAGUUUCAGCAUCUCGUCAAACCUUCAUCAACAUAUGAAAGUCCACACUGGAGAGAAACCAUUUACAUGUUCUCAGUGUGGGAAGAGCUUUAGCCAGUUAUCACAACUUAAUCAACACAUGAUCAUCCACACAGGAGAAAAACCAUUCACAUGUUCUCAGUGUGGGAAAAGCUUCAGCCAAUCUUCACACCUUAAACUACACAUUAAUGUCCACACUGGAGAGAGACCAUACACAUGCACUCAAUGUGGGAAGAGUUUCAGCCAACCAUCCAACCUUAAUCAACACCUAAGGAUCCACACUGGAGAGAAACCAUACACAUGUUCUCAGUGUGGGAAGAGUUUCAGCCAUUCAUCAUCGAUUAAUCAACACAUGAAGAUCCACACUGGAGUAGGCAUGGGACGAUAACCGUUUUCAAGGUAUGCCGCAGUUUGGAAAAGUCAAGGUUUUAAAACCACCAAAAUUUUCUGCUAUACCAUUCCUAUUGUGUUGACCUUAUUCUUGAACGUGGAAGUGUGCUCGUUUUUGCGAUUGUUUAGAACUUCCGAUUCAGCUGCCUAUGGGAGAAAUGACUAGGAAUAAUAAAUGUCAGAAAUCAGUCAAACUACUUGCUCUACAUACAAGGGUUUGCAUGA